UGGUUUGGUGUGAGGGCUAGAAUCACAGUCAGGUUCCAGGAAAAGUCUCUUGUUUUACUGAUGGGGAACUGAGGGGCAGCCAAACUGAUCCCUGGGAGGGCGUCUGAGACACAGCUGUGUCUUCCUCCGGGAGGGAACCUCAGCUCUCUAAAACUCUAGGAGAAAACUGGAAAGUUUUCCACUCUGUCUCUGCCCUGGAUUUGCAUUUCAUCCUCAGGGGUUUUUUGUCUUAAUCCAUCUGAGCACUGAGUGUCUAUCCUGGGCCGUGCACUGGGUUGGGGACAAUAGGAAUUCCAAGAGGAAUAGGACAUUCUCCAGGGAGCUUCCCGCUGAGUAGAGGAGGCAGGGGCCUCGAAGAGGAUGCAGGAGACUGAGAAGAACGGGGGAGACCUGGCGGCCAGCUCCCCACCGAGGGCCAGGGCCGGAGGCUGGUUGGCUGACAGCACCCUGUUCUCUGUUGCAGAAGUCAGCAUGGCCAAAGUCCCUGACCUGUUCGAAGACCUGAAGGACUGCUACAGUGAAGAUGAAGACUACAACUCCACCAUGGACCAUCUGUCUCUGCAUCAGAAAUCCUUCUACACCACGAGCUACCACUCACUUGGUGAGACCUGCGUGGACAAGCUGAUGUCUCGGAGCACCUCGGAAACCUCGAAGACAUCCAAGCUCACCUUCAAGGAGAGCCUGGUGCUGGUGUCUGCCAACGGGAAGACCCUGAAGAAGAGGCGGCUGAGCUUCCAUCAGCCCAUCUCCGAUGACGACCUGGAGGCCAUUGCCUACGACCUAGAAGAAGAGCCCAUCAAGCCCCGGUCCGCAUCUCGCCUCCUCCAGAGCAAUGUGAGUUACACCUACAAGAGGAUCAUCCAAAAGGAGUUUUCCCUGAAUGACCCCCUCCAUCAGAGUAUAAUCCAAGACCCGACAUCUCAGUACCUCAAGGCUACGUCAUUAACUGACCAGGACCAGGAAGUGAAAUUCGACAUGGGUGCCUACAUUUCAACCACAGAGGAUUCCAAAUUUCCAGUGACGCUAAGAAUCUCUAAAACGCAUCUCUUCGUGAGUGCCCAAGAAGAAGACGAACCUGUGUUGCUCAAGGAGAUGCCAGAGACACCAAAAAUCAUCACAGGGAGCGACACCAACCUCAUCUUCUUCUGGGAAAGUCACAGUGACAUGAACUACUUCACCUCGGCCGCCCACCCAGAGCUGCUUAUUGCCACAAAGGUGGACAGUGCGGUGCACAUGGCCAGGGGCCUCCCCUCGAUGACAGAAUUCCAGAUUUCAUAAAACCUAACCUCCGCGGUGGGGUGCACUCCUCUGUGAGGUGGUGACAGUCCGUAUGUACCGUGUACAUGAAGGAGUCGAAUUCUUUACUCUCAGUCACGUGCUGAGAAUGGGCUGAGCCUUUGUAAUUCUAAAUGAAUGUUUACCCUCUUUGUAAGAGAAGCACUGACAUAGGAGGCUAUUUGUUAGAGAACACCCUAUACUUUGCAGAGUACCAAUCAUUUUAAUUAUUCUUCUUCAUGACAUUCUUAAGGAGAGCCACAGGGCUACUGGCUGUGGCUACCAAAAAAGAUUCUACCCACAUUACAGAUGGGUUAACUAAGGCAGAAGAAAACACAGCAGCACUUGGAAUUAGAAGCCACAGACUUCAUUCCCUCUAUGUCUCUUCUGCUUCUAAGUUGUUCUUGGACCCUUCAUCAAAUAGGAUAAGUUUCUGGGACCUCAGUUUUAUUGUUUUCAAGAGAGCUGGAAUAGACAGGCACAGUGGCGCACCCCGGUAAUCUCAGCCAUUCAGGAGGCUGAGGCAGAAGGAUCUCUAGUUCAAGGGCAGCCUCAGCAACUUAGCAAGACCCUGUCUCAAAAAUGAAACACAAAAGGCUGAGCAUGUGGCUCAGUAGUGCAAUCUCCAGUACCCUCCCCCCCCCAAAAAAAAUAGUUAAUUAAUUAAAAGGUUUUUUAAAGGGGAGGAAUAAUACCUUUAUCUUUCUGCCUCAAUGGUUUUUUUAAGACGAAUCAGUGAAUGAGGUCCUUUUUAGUAAACUACCUCUUGAAGCUGGGCUUAAGAAAGAGAGACCUUGGAAUGUUAUUUAUGAAGUAUUAUUUAUAUAUAU